UGAAGUGCCACGGUGUGCCACGUUACCGGUACCUCAGUGUUCCAUUCGACGUGAGACUCGAAACAGUGCUGACGAUCGAAAAGAUUGGGCCGAAGUGUGUUAUGUGAGACACCGUGCUCUCGAAACAGUGACUCGUUAUAUCGAUUUCCUACAUAUCGGAUGUUUAGCUGAAUCUCUUGGUGCUAAAGACACAGAAUGCUGAAGUGGACGGUCUCGAGAUCGUUGUCGGCGACCAGUUCAACGCCCCACGGUCCGCCUACCUUGAGCAAGGCACCCCGCCGACCGUUUCGAGACUUGUCCAACACACCGCCAACCUCGGCUAGCUGCCGUACCAGGCAAGUAUCAACUCAGAAUGUGUCGAACACGGCCAGGACGACGCCGGCUCGGAGACGAAGGUGUAGAAGUCAGGGAACCGACCUGAGAACGUACUUUCAGACUACGAAACCACACUUGAGGUCCAGUAAACGUCAGUCUAUGUCACAGGGAACGGAGAAUUCCCCGGCUUCGGAAAGUUACUAUCAGAGCACGCCGAGAGUGGACACCGACAUCGGACCGCUCACGUAUUAUCCGCCCGGGAGCAAGUGCUCGACCGCGCUGACACUGCCGACGGAUCCAGCGCUCUUCAUGAACAGUCGCGCCAAGCACUUCCAAAGCGAGAACGAACUGCCGCAGAAUGUGGUCAACGAGGCGCGCGCGAAUCUGCAGUCACACGUUUCCGAUUUUUUCCAGCAGAUCUCGAUGGCGACCAGUCCCGAGGACGUGAUGGAGGCGGGAUCGGUGCCCUUUGGCGCGAAGACCAAGGUCUUUUCCUCACGAAACAGCGAGCAAAAAACACGGCCGGUGAAAACGCCGUACUUGCCGAAGCUGGCGAGGAUCACGAAGAUUCACGCGCGAUGCCGGACACCCUAUCACACUAAGCUCGCUCAAGCGAUCAGUCCCUUCAAGCCGAAAGCGGCUCAAGGACAGACGCCGCUCCUUGGCAAACUGUCGAAUCUCACAAUAGAUCAGGACCUGCCGAAGUACGAAAAUAUGGACAACACUGUGACCGAAGUGCUUCACAGAGAACAAGAGGUCAACUUUGGUAGCAAAACCGUGGCGCAAAUUCUUCUGGGUGACGCCGAGGAAAGAAAUAAGGUCUUGGAGGGAACGUCGGAUUCAAAAAUGACGGACCAUAUAUACGAGACUAUUGCCGAGCAGGAUGAGAUAAUAGAAGCGUCACCGGCGCGAAACGACAGUUCUAUAUCGUCGGUCAGUCAACUUUUGGAAGAUCCGUCUCCGGUGUCUUGGGCGUUCGCAUCGCCGCUGAACGAUCUGGAAGGCGAGUUCACGUUAAAGAGACAACGGGGCAUUCGCCGAAAACGUCCGCGAAAAGAUGGCGACAAAGAGGUCGAUGGCAAACGAGCUAAGAGAACAUGCAGUCCUUUGACGAAAGAGGAUCAGAAUACGUUGAUGGAAGCAAUCAAUCCGAACGUCAAGAAAUUGGCGUUGGAGACGGAUCUGGAUUCGACCUUGGACGAGAAACACGUGCCGCCCACGAAGAUAUCCUUUUGCGGUGUUGAGGAACGCAAGGAUAAAGACGUCAGCAGAAAGACCAGUUCCUGGGACCUCGACAGCCCCAAGUCGUCCGUAACGGAUAGCUCGAAAUCAUUCGUCACUUCGAUGUCGACAACACCGGAAGUUCCUUUGGUUGCGACUGUCAGAAGAUGCUUGAAGUUCAGCCCCGAGUUUGAACCACCGACAAGAUCCAAUUGUCACGGAUCAAUCGAAAUUGAAUGCUCCCUCGUGGCGGAACACAUACACGUUCGUGUGAUAAGGUGCAAGGACCUGAGGCGGGCGUACGAGGGGCCGGUGCACGCGUAUGUCAAGGCGAGUCUGAAGAACAACUGCGGCGAAGGUGUCGUCAAGAGAACCGCGGUUCACCGGGCCACACCGAAUCCGGUGUUUCGCGAGACUCUGAUACUACCCUGUCCGACAUACAAUAGUCACUGCACCGGUCACAAACCCACGUCCCUGGACAUUGCCGUCUGGCACCGGGAUCGUCGCGCGAGACGUAGCGAGCUACUGGGCUGCAUGACUCUACCUCUGCCACUGUCUCAGGAUAAGGAAGCGACAUGGCAUCCUCUAGAAGCCGGAUCUGUUCGAAACACGAGCACUCCUUUCGGAAGCGUACCUCAGGAUUGCGCCGUGUCGCCGCCAUUAUCCAAAGACGGCGAGCCAGAUAACAACAACUCAGGGACGGACGAUCUGACGUAUCUGAGGCAUCUGGAGCUCGAGCCGCUCGAUCCUCUGACUGGUCUACCUUUGCACCCGGGUUUCACCGCGAAAGGCGGCAGAACCCCCUGUACUAUCACGAGAAGGCUGAUAAGACAAACCUUGGCCAAUCAGAUCCCAUGGGGAUUUUCAUUAUCGUGGGGCAGACCGCCCCGAGUGGAACGCGUGGACCCUGGAAGUCCGGCGGAACGUUCUGGCCUACGACCGGGCGAUCACGUGGUUUUCGUCGAGACGACGAACGUCGUGACGAGACCGCGGGACGAGAUCUUGGGCCUCAUCCAGGCCGCCACAAAUCAACUGGUUCUAGAAGUGUAUCGUAAAGGUGGCGUUAACUCGUCCAACACUCAUCACAGGCCUAGUUCGGUCAAUACUACUCUACAGCAUUCCGUUGUCGGCUCCACCAGCCAGCAUGCGGUCACAUUCAACGCCGAGAUCUUCCCGAGUCUGCCGCCCGACGCGCCGCCCGAGGAGGAGCUGAACGUGCGCGAGACCAGAUACUGGGGAAUUCUGAAGAACGGCCACACGCGUUUUAUGGUACCGCUGAGCGAGCGACGGGACGUGCUGUCGGCGGCGGACUACCUGAUUCUGUUCCAGAAUCUGGACGAGCUGCUCAAACUGUCCGAGGAGAUCAGGGACGAGGGCGGCGGUGUCGACAGCUAUCUCUGCAGAGUUCCUAAAAUCACAGCUGCCUACCGAAGAUACCUCAGUGGCCUACAACGUGCCUGUUGCCUUUUGGUUGCUCUAAGACGAAACGCGGCCUUCGCCAAACUGGUCUGCGAACCCGCCGUGCCGCACAAACGACGUCCCGAUCUCACCGGAGUACUGCUCGUGCCUUUGGAGCACUACAGAGAGAUGACGAGAUUGCUGGGCCAGGCGUCUCCGCGGAAUUGUCAACAAGCGAGGGACUUGGCUCAGGGUUACAGAGAAGCCACGGCUAACGCCGGUGUCAUGGAACCGCCGCGAGACACCGGCAGACCGUUACUGAGCUUGCAAGAGGUCGAAUCUCGACUGGUUUUCGCGAGAUGCAACCCGUUUACUUUAGCGAUGCCUGGAAGGCAAUGGCUGUUCGGCGGCGCUCUCGCUAAAGUUGAGGGUCGAGCGCGCCUGCAACCCUCUUGGGCGCUUCUUCUAACCGAUCUUCUGGUAUUUGCGCGAGUUUCGCGAGACCGCGUGCUGUUUGUCACCGAGGAACCUUUGCGACUGUCCAAUAUCGCCGAGGCGUGUUUCACCGUGCGCAAAAGACCGACGGAGUUUCGGCUGCAGGUCGCCAUAAAUCCGAACGCGGAGAACGGCCUCGCCGAGACGGUGAACAGCGGCGGUUGCAGCCCGCACAGUCGAACCCGAAGACGCGUUCUCGUUCUGCGAGCACCCACCCCGGAGCUCAAAGCCGUUUGGCACAAUCUUCUUCAACGGCAAAUCAUCUAUGUGAAUACAGGCUGUGGCUUGAACCUAUUGGAUCAGGACAGUCCCGAAGAAAUUCCGAUCGGCGGUAGCAAUUUCGCCGCGAUUAAAGAACCCAGAGAAUGUUUACAGACGACGAGAGAGUCUCAGCAACCCGAAGACGAGGAAAAGAAGUCGCAGUCCGGCGAGAGUCUAGACACGAUCCUGAAGAACUCUCAAGAAAACAAUCAUCUGGCUCAGUGGGUACGCAAUUCGCAUCAGAUCCCUCCACCGGAUCAUGAGGGCUCUCUCGAGGAGUGGACGGUCGAGGAAUUAGCCGCCAGAUCUCCCCGGGAGAGUAACAGCAGAUCGACAAGUCAGGACACUGCGACGGAGGAAGUCGUCGCGGCGAACUCUGACGUGGAACAACAGAGCACCGCGUCGAGCGCAAGUCUGAGUACCGUCAAGUCGAAUAGCGUGACGCGAAAAAACGGCAGUCAUGUGUCUUCGAAAGAGAAUUCGACGAGCUCCAUUAGCAUUUGUCGUAGAUGCCACAGAUCGGGGUGUCCUACGCCACCGUUGCAGAGAGAUCCGUUUUCUCCGUUGCCUCCGAGAAUUUCGGUUCUUCCACCGACCCCCGAUCUUUGCACGAGACACAGACUGCGAAACGGUCUGCACGACAGUCCGGGACGUAACAGUCCCAGUUACGCGUUUCCGGACGGCAAUACCGAAGACGGGAGCGAGGACGAUCUCGAUUGUGACGGGGAACCUCCUUACAGAGCCUUAAGAAGAUUUGGCACAAUGAGCAGUCUGGAUCAGGACGACGAUCUGGACGAGCAAGGGGAUGACGAUAACCGGGACGUGGAGUCGCCACCGGUAGGUUUGAGAGCAUGGACCGCGCGAGCGAGCAGCUACGUUGUCAGCAAAAUGGCUUUGCUGGAACAGCUUAGCGAAAACGUCGGCGGUUACCUUCUUCAACCGCCGGUACCUCCUGAACGAACCGAGUUCUCGCUGGACCCAAAUGACGAAGAAGGCACUACGUCGGGAGCGACUUCCGGUGACGACAUAUGGGGCACCCCGACGUCCGGAGGUCCGGACGACGAGAGCUUCACCGCGAACUCGGUAAUAAUAUUUGCGACCACGACACACGUAAUAAUACACGCAUUCAAAAGCACUAAGCUGGAGAUUUGUAAGUCGUUACAAAUGUGCGUUGCACAUAAAUUUAACGAUCGCUUGAUAUAGAUAUUAUUAGUUUUUAAUUUUUAAAAGCUUGCUUGUGAAAGUAUAUAUCUUUGGAAGCGAGAUUCACCAAAUAGCACUCCGUGUGUGAAUGUAAAAAGUAUGAGUACGUCCUAUAAGUCUCUAAAAUGGUUUGUUGUAGUUUGAUGCACAAUAUAUGUAACACAACAAUGAUAAUUGUUUAAGAAACCCGGUUAAAAAAAAAUUCCACCUUAAUAAUCGAGUUUUACACCUCAAUUUCACGAGGUUGUUAUUAUAAAAUAAUUUUUAAAAAUUCGCUCCGCUUUGCCAAGAUCAGCCUCGUGUACCUAAAUAUAUACAUACGUAUCCACGAUAUAAAAAACUGCAACGUAACAAGAGAUAGCUUAAGUAAGCUUCGCACGCCUGCCUGCAUGACAACGCCUUGCCUUCUGUUUUUCUGUUUGCGAAGAAUCACU